AAGCGAGGGAAAGUUCACAAAUAAAGGAGUGAAGCAAAAGGAAACGGAAAACAAAACAAAACAAAGCCCAGAUUCCUCUCUCCGAACAGCGCCUAUGUUUUUUUUUCUUCAGCCCCCCCCCCCCCCCCCCCCCCCCCCCCCCUCACCUCUUCUUCUUCUGCUGGUAUCUAUCGUUGUUGUUCCCUUCGUUCUCUCUCCAUCUAUCUCCCUCAGAUUACUUGCGACCAGCGACGCUCUGGCUGGCCCCUUUGAGAUUGACCUGGGGCUUCCAUACACCAAGAGUGCAGCAAGAGGAUAGAUAGCAUUUGUUGCAGCGCUCUCUAGGUCGUCUCUCUCUCUCUCUAGCUAGCUAGCGUCGUCUCCUCCGGUGAGGUGAUGAACAGAGGAGAAUUCCAGACCUCCCUUGUCCAGCAGAUGAUCUGGAGCGGCGGCGGCGGCGGCAAUACCACAGCGGCAGGCAGCAGCAACAUCAUGAGCAGCGGCUUCAAGCAGUCUUGCCAUGAGGAUCAACAAGAGGCCUCCCGCAACCUGCAGCUGCUGCCCUCCCUAUCGUCUCCGUCGUCGCUGCUCUUCUCCAAUGCCCAGCAGUUCCCGCACACCACCUCUUCGGGCCAGCAGCUAGCCCACACCAACGCCGGCGGCGCAGCAGCUGGUUCUCUCCCAAGUCUGGACGACGACGGCGGCAGCGGUCAGGACAGCCACAUGCCGGAAUCGUGGAGCCAGAUGCUUCUAGGGGAGUUCGCUGGAGAGCGCUACGCCGCCACCGCAUGUCUGCUGUCAAAGGGCGUAGAGGACUGGGGGGAUCACGCUGCGGCAGCUGCAAGCGCGUGCAUGGUGGGUGGCGGCGGCGGCGUGGAGGAGGAGGGCUCGGCCGCCAUGCCUCUGUACAGCUUAUAUGGUGGUGGUAGUCACAGUCACAGCCACCUCGCUGCAGCUGGUGACCAUGAGAUGCCGCCGGCGCCAGCAGCAGCAGCAGCAGGGGCCAAUAAGUCUCAGCUGAGCCAGAUGCUCCUCGCCUCGUCGCCUAGGUCCUGCGUCACCACCAGCCUCGGCAGCAACAUGCUCGACUUCUCCAACAACGGCGUGCCCCCGGCGCCCGAUCAGCUGAAGAGCCACCACCACCAUCAAUCCGAUAACUCAUCCGAGGUGAGGAAGGAGAGACUGGGUGACAGAAUAACUGCCCUACACCAGAUCGUUUCUCCGUUUGGCAAGACUGACACGGCGUCCGUCCUGCAAGAGACCAUUGGCUAUAUCAGAUUCCUACUGGGACAAAUUGAGGCUCUCAGCUACCCCUACAUGGGCCACGGCAAUGGGACCUCCAUUCAAAAUGGACCAACAACUGGAGAAAGGAACCAUGCAGGGCUCCUACCAGAUCAAUACCCCGGCCAGUUGCUGAACCAUAAUAACAACACUGGAGCACGGCAGCCUGCAGCAGUCGGCCAGCCUGAUGAGCAGCAGCAGCAGCAGGGUGGUGCUAAUAAUAAUGACGAGACGAAGAAGGACCUGAGGAGCCGGGGGCUGUGCCUCGUCCCGGUGUCAUGCACGUCGCACUUCGGAGGGGACAACGCCGCUGACUACUGGGCUCCGGCGCCGCUCGGUGGGAUCCUCCGCUAGAGCGAGCGCGCCAUUGAAGCAUGCAUAUGCGUUUUCUCGUUUAGAUGUGGCGAGCUAGCUGCUGUUCGUUCCGUACAAGUAUAUGUUCGUCAGGCUGCUGCAGGGUAGCUAGCUAGAGAGAGCUGUGUCUAAUUAAGAAUCAUCGCAAGGGUGGCGUGCAUGCAUAUAUAUGCUGCUGGUUGCUGUGGGAAACAUACCAUCAUGAGCAGUCAUUCUUGGUAGGGGAGAAGCUGCGUGCGUCGUAUACCUGUAAGGCUGAUUGCUCUUGAUGCUAUGCGAGUAAGUAUGACGACCCUUUUUGUGGGCGCGCAAGGCUUCAUUAAUUAUUUUGUAUCUUCAAGGGAGGGCGCUUCAAGUAGAAGAUCUAGAUCUUCUCUGGUCCCCUGUCGCAAAUUUAUUUCGUUGGUCAUGUAUAUGUAAUUAAAAUCUAGCAAUAAGUUAUUAGUGAACAUGUUUAUUUACUCAAA